AUGUUGACGGUCGAGAAGCAAUGGGUGAAUGUGCAGCAGAAGACCUUCACCAAAUGGCUGAACGAUAAGUUAAAGGCUCGCGCCCUGGCCAUCGAAGACUUGGUGACCGAUCUCUCUGACGGCGUGAUCCUCAUUCACCUGCUCGAAAUCCUCGGCAACGAGUCCCUCGGUCGAUAUGCGUCGAAGCCCAAGCUGCGGGUGCAGAGAUUCGAGAAUGUCAACAAGAGUCUGGACUUUAUUCGAGGGCGGAGGAUUCAAAUGACCAACAUCGGCGCCGAGGAUAUCGUCGAUGGCAACCGCAAGAUCAUCCUGGGUCUCAUCUGGACUCUAAUUCUGCGGUUCACAAUCAGCGACAUCAACGAGGAGGGUAUGACCGCCAAGGAAGGUCUGCUGCUGUGGUGUCAACGGAAGACGGCUUGCUACGACGAUGUGGAGGUUAGGGACUUCUCAUCCAGCUGGAAUGACGGAUUGGCGUUUUGUGCGCUGCUAGAUAUCCAUCGACCCGACCUGAUUGACUACGAUUCUCUGGAUAAGAGUGACCACCGUGGGAACAUGAAGCUCGCGUUCGAGAUUGCCUCCAACGAGAUCGGUAUCCCAGAUCUGCUCGAUGUGGACGAUGUUUGCGAUGUGCCCCGACCCGACGAGCGGUCCCUGAUGACUUACAUUGCGUACUGGUUCCAUGCUUUCUCCCAGCUGGAGCGAGUUGAAAACGCAGGACGCCGAGUGGAGAAGUUCGUCAACAAUAUGCAUGGUGCAUGGGAUAUGCAGUCUGGCUAUGAACGCCGGAUGCGAGAACUGUUGCGACUGAUUCGAUCUCAGCGAGAGUCAUGGCAGAACUCUUCGUUUGAGGGAACUUACAAGGACGUGAAGGAACAAGCCCACCAAUUUGCGCUGUACAAGCGGAAUGAGAAGCGGCAAUGGGUGGCCGAGAAGUCGGAUCUUGCAGCCUUGCUGGGGAACAUCAAAACGAAGCUGGGCACGUAUCGGUUGCGCUCCUACGACCCGCCAAAGGAAUUGAGCACGGAAACUUGCGACCAAGAAUGGGAGCUUCUGACUAGGGACGAGCACCAACGCAGUCAACUGAUCAACGAGACCAUUCGAGAUAUCAAGAACGCCCUUCGCAGGUCAUUUGCGGACAAAGCAAACGAUUUUGCACUAACAUUAAAGACCCUGUCGUUGGCCAUCUCGGGACUGGAUGGUGAUGUCGAAGACCAGCUGGAGCAUGUCAAGAAGUUGAAUGACAACCUCCCACCCCUCGACGCCUUCCUGGAUACCAUCGCCGAGCUGGAUGAGCAGUGCGCCGAGGCUAAUAUCGAAGAAAACGACUUCACCACAUAUACCCUUGACGAGCUUUCAUAUGAAUUCAGUCUUGUAAAGUCCAGCAUCUCGAAGAAGCUGGCAUUCUUGGAGAACCAGAUGGUCGCUCGCAACAUGACCAACCUCACUCCAAUCCAGCUGGAAGAGUUCGAGUCGGUCUUCCGCCAUUUCGAUCGCGACUCGUCUAAUACAUUGCACGAGCUUGAGUUUUCCGCCGCGUUGGCUAGUCUGGGAUUGGUCUAUGACGAGGAGGAGAUGCACCAGGUCUACGUGGAGGUCUGUGGGGCGAACCGGUUGGCUCAGAAUGCUGGCGUCAGCUUCGAGCAGUUCAUUCGGUUCAUGGUCAGUGUGACGGAGGACCAGAAUACAGCUGAACAGGUGUUCCAAAGCUUCAAGGAGGUCGCUGAUGGCAAGCCAUACGUCACUGAGCUGGACCUCCGACACUCGCUCAUCCCCGACGAAGUCAUCGAACACCUGGUCAAAACGAUGCCCCCACAUGAAGGUCCCGACCUUCUCGAAGACCGAGACCUGCCCAAAUUCGACUACAUCAGCUUUAUGGAAAGGAUGAUCGAGGAGCACAAGGGGAAGAGUAGCGGAAAGCAGUGA